AUGAGCAGAGAGAACAAGGACGGGUUGAGAUAUGGGCAGAGAGAUCAGACACAGGGAAGGGGGACAACGACAGACCCCCAGGAAGCGGCUGAGGCCUCCCGGCCCUUCACCCGGAGCUCCGUUCCCAAACGCCGCCGCGGGGGCACCGAAGGACGCGGCCCCAGCGAGCGCUCGGCUCGAGGAGCGGCUGCCGCGCUCAGACACGCGCGGCCGGGGCAGAACGGCCCCCGGGGCUCCCUCCCGGCCGCUCACCCGGCGGCAGAAGCAGCCGAGCCGCUCGUAGGGCAGCGGGAGCUGCUGCCGCCGCUCCAGGACGCGCUUGAGGAGGUGGCGGGCGAAGCGGCAGCCGCUCUCCCGGCACACGGCGCCCGGGAACGGCACCCGCCCCGGAGGACACGCCGCCCCCGGCUCGCUUCUGCUUCGCCCCGCCGCGGCCAUCCAGGGCCGGGGAGAAGCCGCCUCCUGCUCGGCGCGGGGCGGGCGCCGCCGCUCGAACGGGCGCCGCCGCGGGGCAUCACGGGAGCGGCGGGAAGGCUUCCGGCGCCGCGGCCGCCAUGUCCGGUGCGGGCAGCGGCGCUUCCGGCCGGCUCGGCAGGAGGAGGGGCCGCCCCCUGCUCCGGUCCCGGGCCGGGCCGCCGGCUCCGCUCCCCGGCAGAGGCGCCGCCCGCGCUCUCCUCGCCCCGCCGCGUUCGCCAACAGCGCGGGCGCCGCCUCCCGCGGAGGGAGCCGGGCAGCGGGGCCGGAGCGCGGUGCACACGGCCGGCAGGCGGCGCCCCCGGGCUCGGCCCGCAGCUGCCAUGGGCCCCCGCGGGAGGGCGCGCGGGGAGGGAGCGGGCGGGGGCGCCGCGCGGCACGCCGGGAGCUGUAGUUCUGCGCCAUCGGGGCGCGCUGGGAGGCGUAGGCGGGCGGGACUCCAUUUCCCGUGGCGCCGCGCGGCGGCCGCUGCCUCAGGGCCUUUCCCGGAGUCCUGGAAUGGUUCGGGUCAGAAGGAACCAUCCAGUUCUCACCUCCCCAGCGUGGGAGGCAGCGUCAGGGACACCUGCAUGGCUCACGUUGCUCAAAGCCGCAUCCAGCCUGGCCUUGAGCUCCUCCAGGGCUGGGGCAUCCAUGCCUUCUCUGAGCAACCCGUGCUAGCGCCUCACCGCCCUCCCGGGAAAGAAUUCCCUCCUUCUCUCUAUAAUCCAAAUGUCCCCUCUUUCAGCUUCAGAGCGUUCCCCCUUGUCCUAUCCCUGUGCUCCCUGCUAAAGAGUCACUUCCCAUCUUCCCCGUAGCCCCUUCAGCUACUGGAAGGUCACUCUACUGUUUUGUUGGAGAAAUAACGUUUACCAAUGUUUUGCCUUCUAUGACAAAGUGGCUCGGCUACUGAAUGGGGGAAAGGCUGUGGAUGUAGUCUUCUUGGACUUCAGUAACGCCUUUGACACAGUUUCUCACAGCAUUCUGCUUCAGAAACUGUCAGCCUCUGGCCUGGACAGGCGCACACUCUCCUGGGUUGAAGACUGUUUGGAUGGCCCAGAGAGCGGUGGUCAAUGGAGUUAACUCCAGCUGGAGGCCAGUCACAAGUGGGGUUCCCCAGGGCUCAGUAUUGGGUCCAGCCCUGUUCAAUGUCUUUAUCAAUGACCUGGAUGAAGGCAUUGAGUGCACCCUCAGCAAGUUUGCGGAUGACACUGAGCUGGGAGGAAGCGUGGAUCUGCUGGAGGGUAGGGAGGCUCUGCAAAGGGAUCUGAACAGCUGCAUGGAGGAGAAGAACCUGGGGGUAAUGGUUGACAGCUACCGAACGUGAGCCAGCAGUGUGCCCAGGUGGCCAAGAAGGCCAAUGGCAUCUUGGCUUGUAUCAGAAAUGGUGUGACCAGCAGGUCCAGGGAGGUUAUUCUCCCUCUGUACUCAGCACUGGUGAGACCGCACCUCGAAUACUGUGUUCAGUUCUGGGCCCCUCACCACAAGAAGGAUGUUGAGGCUCUGGAGCGUG